GCUGAAUAUAGCCAGUGACUCAGCUGUCCGGACCCCUAGGGAAAGUUGAUUCCACCACCUUGGUGCCAGAACAGAGAAGAGUCUUGUUGUAAACUGGUCUUCCAAUGAGCAAUGAAUAUUUCCUUCAUUUUCUCUUCUACUAUGGGUGUGGAAGACAAAUUGUGCAAUGAGCUGUUCCAAUGGAUGGAGAAGCAGGAGGAAUGUGCGGAAUAUCUCAUGAACUUGGCAAAAGAACUGGAGGAAAUGACAGAAGCUAUGACUGCCGGCCAGAUGGUGGGAAACACAGCAACAGUGAUUGGGUCUGCUGUCCUGGUUGGAACAGGCAUUGCAACUUUUCUGACAGGAGGCCUGGCUGCACCCUUGCUGGUCACAGCAGCAGGUGUUACAGCUGGAGUUGGUGCUGUAACCAGUGUUACAUGUAAGCUCUUAGAGAGUUGGAAAUCCAGUAAAACAAUGAAAAAUGCAGAGAAGACUGACAGGGAAAUUAAAAAGAUUUGGAAGCAUAUUGAAAGUCUCCAGGAACAACUAUCAAAGGAGUGUGAAUUGACGAAUGACUUUGAUGAAGUGCAGUGUGAAAUCACAGCAAGAAUCUUGAGUGCCAUGGCCAAACGGAAUGGGAGAGAUCUGUCCCAAAGUCGCCUAACUUACUUCUUGAGAACUGACCACACAUAUUUUCAUACACAUCAAUCGUUUGUUCCAAGCGAAGGGUUAUUCAUGGGUGUCAGUAAUUUGUUAGGAUUCAUUGGAUUUAACACAAUCUUUCUAAAAACAGCAGCUAAAAAAGGAGUAAAAUAUGCUCCACUUUUUCUGGUUAAUGAAGGAAUGGCUGUUGCGUUAAAAGGAGCAGGCCAGGCCGCAGGAGGAGCCCUCGGCCUGGUGCUCGCAGUUCCUGAUCUGAUUGACAACUGUGAAAAACUGAUUAAGAACAAACAUCAGACAGAAGCUAGCAAAUAUCUGAGGAACAAAGCAUGUGAAAUUCGUGAUGCUGUCAAAAAAAUUAAAAAGCAAUUUAAUGAACUGCAAGAGAUGCUCAAUGAAAUCCCUGAAAUCGAGUGUCACAUUGAUUUGACUACAGAGAUGUGUGGCAACCAAAGAUACACAAGAGGCACCAUAUCCAUAGAGUCUAAAAAGACCAAAAAGCAGGAGGGGAAAAAAAAGGAGUUUUUUUUCCUAUCCACAACAGACAUGUGUGAAAACAAGCCUGGUGACAAAAGUAAACAGAAAUCAGGUGGCAAUUCAAAUAAGAACAAAGAACAGAAGAGGAAAGAAAAGAAAUCUCGCCUUCCUACAAUAACCAUGUCCAACGUGCGUUCUCUUCCAAACAAAAUGGAGGAAAUUAAAGAAAUGGUGGAGGAUGCUGAAUUCUUUGCCAGUGAUCUGAUGUUCUUCACAGAGACAUGGUUAAACAGCAACGCACGCCAAAUCAGCUUGGAUGGAUUUGUUUCUAUCCGGGUUGAUCGCGAUGCAGAGCUUACUCAAAAACGUAAAGGAGGGGGAAUGAUCGUUUUUGUAAAUAAGACCUGGGCGAAAACAGUGCAGGUGGAAAAUCUCAUGAUGACCCGAGACUAUGAGUUAAUGGUUGUGUCCAUUAUACCACAUGACCAUCCUCAGGAUGCUCCACCACUUAUCUUCAUCCAUGUUUAUGUACCAGGGCCUAAAUUUAAGAUAGCUGCCGCAGACAUAGCUGGUUUUUUCUUUGAUGCUCUGGAGGAAUGGCCAGAUAGUCCUGUUUUUUUGUUGGGUGAUUUCAACAGAUGUGACAUGACUCCUUUCUUGGGUACCAUGGAUCAAUUCAUCACAUGCCCAACCAGAUACAAUAACACCCUGGAUUUGUGUUAUGCAAAUGUGCCUGGGGCUUAUAUAUGUGUUUGCAAUCCCCCGUUAGGCCGGGCAGACCAUAAUGUUAUUCAUCUGAUUCCUAUAGAACAAUAUGACCCUUCCAAACAUGGUAAGUGUAAGCAUAGCAAAACCAAUCGCAGUAAGCAAUGAAAGGAAAAAUUUAUUUUACCAGACAAAUCAGAAACUUACCUGUCAAGUUUCCAAAAUAAGAAUCAAAAACACAACUAUAAUAUAGGCACCUUCAGAGUACAUUUUCUGAACCAUUGGGUGUACAUGGUCCUCCAAAAUGGUUUAGUAGACCUUGAAAGUGAUGCACACAUCUAGUAAAGUACUGGGCCUAUGGAAACCAAUUGCAGCCCAAAUCAUCACUGUUAUUGAAAUGUUACAGUAGAUGUUAGUAGACUCCUUUUUAUAUUAGUUAACUUAUUUAUAAUCACUAAGCAAUCUUUAUGUAAUCAUGCAUGCUACACUGACUAAUCGUGUUAAAAUGAACUUAACUUUAACUUAAUCCAAGCAUUAAAUCUUAUUAUUAUAGGUUACUGCUAUGAUUAUAUGCCUAUAUAUUAUAUCUAAUGUUAUAAUUAUAUUU